UCGAAAUAAAAUAAAAACAUGGAAUUAUUUUGAAAAUUAUGUCAUUUUCUCCCACAAAAUUCAGUGCCCUUCCAUUUUUUUUCUUCUCCUCAAACAACCACUUAAACCUUCAACUGUUUCUUUCAAAGACCAUAUAAUUCCUCAAGGCUUUUUCCUACUGCAAGGAGAAGAUUAUAAAAGAAUUAGUCCGCCCCUAACCUCAUCACCUUAAUCCAGUCUAUUUCUCUCCACCCAUACAAAACCUAUCUAUCUACUCUCUCCGUUGCAUCAAGUUCUUCUUCCAAAUGAAAAACUUAACCAUGAAGUCCAUCACAAUACCAGUACUACUACUUCUGUUUCUUACUCAAUUCAGUGCUUCGUUUUCUACUACUGCAGCCAAAGGAUACGAUGACUUGAAUAACAGUACGAAAUCAUCCGAGUUGUUGAACAAUCAGAAUAAUAAUAAUAAUGGAUUAAUGAUUCCAGCAGAAUCAGAAGUGUAUCGAGUGUUUGACGACCUCUACGGAUAUAAUUAUAACAACGAGCAGGGUAAAGGACUUCGACGCCGUAAACUUGAACCUUUUCAGCUGUGUUUGGAAUGCAAGUGUUGCCCACCUGGUGCUGGAACUGAUCCGACUACAUGUACAACUAUGCCUUGUUGUUUCGGCAUCGACUGUCAAAUCCCAAACAAACCAUAUGGUGAAUGUGCUUUUGUUCCCAAGACAUGUAAUUGCACAUCAUGUGCUGUUUAAUCCGCCAUAGUUUCAGGAAACAUAGUAAUUAUAUAGAUCACUUAAUUUCUUAAGUUUAUUAAUUAGUUAGUUCAUUAGGUCUGUUUGCAAGAUACAGUAUACAUAAUUGGUGCAUGUGGGUGUAAGAUAAGUGUGAUUAUAUUAAUCAAAAUCGAGCUCUUGUUUUCAUAUUUUUGAUAA